AUGAAUUCCAUGUCAACACCCCGAAUCCUGCCCGCUCACCUCCAUGCAUUUGCCCCGAAUGCCACCUCUCACAACACAGUCCGCAUGCUGGGAAUCAUAAGCCACGUCAACGGCGAUCAAGCAACAUUGACUUGUGGCUCGGAUUCGGUAACAAUUCUGCUGGCGAGAGAUUCCCACCUCUCGGUUGGCUCCAUGUAUGAAAUCGUGGGCAAAGUUACCAAUACGGACGGCGGGCACGGCUUGGGUCUACGAGUUCUCAGCAGCACGGAAUGGCCCCGAAAUGAGAAUGGCCAACUUCCAGACUUGAAGUUAUUUGAAGCAGUGGUCGAUGUGACCCAUCGUUACAAAAAUAUUUUCUAUGGUGAUCCCGAGGCCGGCAUGGACGGCGGAUAUUGA